GAUAUGUAAAAUUCUUUGACGUCCAUCAGAAAAAUCUCCCUCAUUUUUCUCUGGUUCAAUUUCUAGAUGCAGAAUUAAUACCAGUAAUUUGUACAAGCCCUCUCUCAAAACUCUGUCCAUGAAAAUUGAUCUAAGACUAUGGCUUCUAAUCCCCAACCACCAAAUCUCCCAACUGUAAUCAUCCAACACCCAUCCACCGGUGUCUCUGCCGACCCCCAACCACCCACAGCAACCUCUGCAAUUACUUCAUUCUUCGUCAACAUCAGUGAAACAGUUCGUCACCGCCUUGCACAUUGCCGCCCGUGGUCGGAGCUUGUUGACCGUUCUGCCUUUGCAAAACCAGAGUCUGUCUCAGAUGCCACAGCUCGCAUUCGCAAGAACUACACCUAUUUUCGAGUCAAUUACCUCAUUCUGAUUGCCAUUGUGAUGGCAUUUUCUCUUGUGACACACCCCAUCUCCCUCAUUCUCCUCCUUGGCCUUCUCGCCUCCUGGAUCUUCCUCUACCUUUUCCGCCCCUCUGAUCCACCACUCGUCAUCUGGGGACGCACAUAUUCUGAAAGAGAAAUAUUAGGAAUUCUGGUGAUCACCACAAUUGCCGUAAUUUUUCUGACAAGCGUUGGUUAUGUCCUGACAUCAGCCCUAAUGGUGGGAUUGGCUAUUGUUUCUGGUCAUGGGGCAUUUAGGGUUCCAGAAGAUUUGUUUCUUGAUGAGCAAGACUCUGCAUCUACCGGAUUCCUGUCUUUCCUGAAAGGCGCCACCGGUCCAUCGCCAUCUCCUGUAAUUACUGCUACUGUUCGAGUCUAGAGAUUAUAUGUUCCAUACAAUUUGAUAAAUGCCAAGGUGAAUGUCAUAGCUUUUGGUGGUUAAGGAUUCGCCAGUCCUAUGAAUGUUGAUAAAAGCAAUAUGCUUUCUUCUAUAGUAUUGGUCUCAUGUGUAUUACAGAG